CGCCAAACCUUUGGUUCCACCUCUGAAUUGUUCACAAGCGAAUCAGUUCUUAAAAAAGAAAAUGUCUCAAACCAACCUACCUUUCAAAGAUGGCCAAACUGUUGAAGUAAGAUCCUUUGAACAUGGAUUUCGUGGAGCUUGGUUUCGAUGCAAGAUAGUAAGGAUAUACAUAGUGGAGGGGAAAUUGUACUACAGCUUGAAGUAUCUUGAUUAUGAAAAAGAAGAGAUACAUGAGCAACAAGUCUUUCAACGGUUUGAAGAUGGGGAGAAAGAGUGGAUAAUGGUUCGACCCUCAUACCCAUCAGUCCAUAAAACCAAGGCUCACCAAGAACCUCUCGCUCAUGGCUCUUGGAAAGUAGGAGACGUAGUUGAUUGGCAUAAAGAUGAUUGUCACUGGUCUGGAACGGUUUUGGCAGUCAAGAAAAAUGAUGCAUUACAGGUUGAACUGUGUCCUCCACCACGCGGUGAAGGAGGGACUUACACCGUUUUGAGCAAGGAUUUGCGUCCAUCAUCGGAAUGGUCGCUUAAAGAUGGCUGGACAUUGCCUUCUACGGAUGGGAGACAAGCCAAUGUACUCGGGUCGUGAAACAUAAGAAUGAACGAUGUAUUUAUUAUGAGUAUCUCAAAUGGUUGUUUUCUUUUCAGA